AUGACUUCCGUCUCUAGCAUGUGCAUCAUGUCCACCGCGCUGGACCUACCCUGCACAGCGACCCAAUUCGCCCGCCUGUCCACAUUCAUCCUGCACACGCCCCGAAAAGCCCUCCAUGCCCUCUUCGACCCCAAGUUCCCCAGCACCGUCGAAUCUCUGAACCCUUCAGUCCCGAGCCCCGACCUUCUGACCCUACAUACAUGCGCCCGUCUCUUCUCCAUGAUGCGUGUGAACUCUCAUAUGUCCUCCUCCACUGUCCCCCUGACGCUCGCCCUGUUGCUCCGCUAUCGUCUCAUGCCUUCUCGUGCCACGCUGACGUGCGACGAUGAGUAUAUCGUGGCUGCGUCGUUUCUGCUGGCGCAUAAGUUUCAGGACGAUACUGGUACGCCGUUCGACUUUGUUGCGAGGAGUCUGGGGCUGGGGGUGCCGACGUUGAAGGGGGCGGAGAAGGAGUUGUUGGAGGCACUGGAGUGGGGAGUUUGGGUUGGGGGAGACGCUUUAAGGGAGGUGGAGGGGGUGUUAGGUGAAGUGUUGAAGUUGUAUGAGUAG